AUGAUCACGCGAAGGACCAAAGCGCGAUCUACUCCUGAGGAGGAAACUGCAGGUAGGAGCAGUACGCGAAGACGUCUUUUUUGAUUCAAGCUACUGAAAGCAAAGUCGGACUGAGUUUGUUGAAGAGAAAUUGUGUUGGUUUUCCACCCUCAUAAAUGUAAUCUUCAGGUCGAAGAGGAAGAGGGUUUCACACUUCCGAGAGUGAUAAGAACCCGACCCGACUGGAAGCGCCUCACACUCCUGACUUUGAUCGAUCAUUGCAAAACUCAACACGUGGUAUGAUGCAGUUCGAAGCAGUAGCUGCAGGAAGAUGCGCGCACUAGUUUUACUGUUCUUGUAAUAUGAGCUAGUGUGUGUGCUGACUUUGGUCGAUCAUUGAAUGAGGCGUGUCGUGACUGACUCAGUUGUCCUGUUAUUCAGAGCAGUAACUGUAUGAAGACGCGCGCACUUUGCUUGCAGCUAGUGCAGCAGGGCUUCAGGGUUUACUGUCGUCAAUCGGGUUCUAGGGUUUAGAACUUUCUUUAGUUUCAUCUUUUUCACUCAUUUGUUGUAAUUGUAAGGCUACUACGGAACCCUGAACGAGACGGAUUACGAACAAAGCUGCGCAGAGUUCAUGCCGCAUAAGUAAAACGAUAACGAAGCAACUUAUAAAUCAAGCUUUAUGAUUAAGAACCAUCAAGUGGUCGGAAGAUAAUAUUUUUUUGAAGUGCUGGUUGGAAGUAGAAUUCAUCACAUUCACAAGCCAAGAGUGGCUUUGCACAUCAGAGAAGAUAUCAACACAGGCCAAGAAGUGGACAUAAAAUGUUUCGCAAAGAGUGCCUCUGCGCAGGCGAAAGCCAGACACGGACAAAAUUGUUAUCUUGCUGAACGGGGCAAAGCUACCGCCUCUCAACUUUGCUACUCAUUGCUGCUGUUUACUGUUCUAGCCCGUUGCCUAGGUGUCGG